UGAUUAACUAUUCAGAGACAAUGAACAAAAUUUUUGGUUUCAUAGCUAAUAGCUAUCAUUUAUGGCAUAACAAACAAUCACAUAUUGUUGGUCUCAAAAGGGUGUAUCUGAUGGAUAGUAAUACUGUGGGGGAGGCGUUGACCAAAAUAGUCAAAUUGUCAAUUGCUAAAAAAGAAAUGUGGGAUUCGUGCGGAUUAGCACCGGUAGGAACCGCUUGUAUACUUGAUAUUAAAUCUAAUAGUCACCUGUAUCUCAUUACCUGUGCACACGUUGUACAACAAGCGGUAAACUUUGCAUUAAGUGAUGUUAGUAAUAGAAAAAUAGGAUAUGGACAAGUAUUGUUAACAGAUCCWGAAUUUGAUUUGGCCAUUGUUGUUGCAAAGGUAGUUGUAUCGGCAGGUUCGGCACUUAAAGCGGCCACUUACACGGAUACAAUGUUUGCCGAUGAAGUGAUGGCAUUUGGAGUUCCCAUAUCGKCCAAUAAGUUUCCCAAUUGGUGUCCCGGUAUUAUCAGAUGUCCGGCCAGUCUUCUGGCCAGAGAUGUGGCCAGUUAUUAUGUGCAUGACUAUGAUGUAGCUAAUCGGACAAUGAUCCACAGCAGCGCCGAAAUGGUUCAGGGGAUGUCCGGCGGCGCUAUAGUCAAUAUGAUGGGCAAACUUGUGGGCUACCCGUGUAUCGGUAAUUCAAUAAAACGAAACUUUUAUGGCGGAAAAGGCAUUGAAAUUGGACGUUUGUGUCAAAAGGCCAACAAAUAUGUCAACAAUCGGACAACUAUUCGACUCCGAGAGCAUUCAUUAAAAUUAGGAUUACGGCUWAAAAUUAAGUCGGAAAACAAUUGUAUAUCUAUUUUAUAUCAGAUAAUUAUGCCUUCAAUUGGAAAUGAACAACUACAGGGUAMUAACAUUAACUUCGGGAUAAUUGUAGGGAUUAAUGGACAGCCUAUUCAAUCAAUCCAAUACUUUAUCAAUUCAAUCAACCAGUCCUCAGCCAAYAAUCCUUGUGUUGUAAAUAUAAUUCAAUCACUACAACGUCUAACUAGAAAUAUAUGGAUAGACAGUGAUAUAGAAAAUAUAAAAUUUGUAUAA